AUGAAUGGCACCGCCGGCAUGCUGCUAAGCCAGUCGAGUCGGUGCCGGCAGAGCAUUCGCUGGAGAUGCUGUCGGCAGGUCCGCUGUCUCUCCGCGGACAGCCAGAGACCUCCUCCGUGGCGGCCUGGCUCUGUUCUCGAUGAUUGGGUUGAGAGAGACGUCAGGCCGAUCAGCCUGCGCCAGUUGACCUUCUUUGGCCGUACGCUCACCGAGAACAGGCUCAUCAGCUCUGCAAACUAUGUCCGGACGGAGCUCCCCACUAGGAUUGCCCACCGCCUACGUGAUAUGCAGAAGCUGCCGUAUGUUGUCGUGACGAAUCCUCACCUCUCCUACGUCUAUGAACUAUACUACAAGGCCUUUGAGCGCUUCCGGACGGUGCCCGAGAUCAAAACAAUAGAAGAUAAUGAUAAAUACUGUGAUAUCCUACGCCAUGCUCUCAAGGAGCACCUCACCGUUAUUCCUAACCUUGCGAUGGGCGUAUUGGAGUGCCAGGACCUAGUCAAGCCCGAUGUCAUGGACCGGUUCAUGAACACUCUCUUACGAGCGAGAAUAUCGCGGCGAGUAAUAGCAGAGCAACACCUGGCGUUAACAGAGACAUUCAACUCACCAUGGCAUUUCCCCGACACUGCUGACCGCGACAUGGGUGCGGAUUUUGUCGGCGAAGUCUUCCUCAAAUGUAACGCAAAGGAUGUCGUAGAACGCUGUGGAAAGCUAGCCAGGCAUCUACUACGACAAACCCUCGGCCCGGACACAAGGAUCCCCAAAAUAUCCAUCCAGGGCCAUCUCAGCGCUACAUUCCCCUACAUUCUAAGUCAUCUAGAAUAUAUUGUCGGAGAGCUGCUGCGAAAUUCCAUGCAGGCAGUCAUCGAGAAAUACAAGGACAGUGAUAGUCCUCCACCACCAAUAGAAGUCCUCAUCUGCGAGGCUCCGCAACAUGUUAUUAUCCGUUUCUCGGACCAGGGCGGCGGCAUCCCUCGUGAUAUUCUCCCUUACCUUUGGUCGUUCUCCAAGGGCCCUCGUUCGAAAACCCGUUUGCAGAAUCUCGGUCAGAUUCACGCCAUGGCCGCAACUAUGCAGGAACUGAAUGCUUCGCAUGAGAACUCGCCAGAAGUGCCUAGAGGAAUAAAGGAAAACUCCCUCGACUCUCUCAGCUCCCGCCCACCCAAUUUAAGGCUCGGAAUGGGACUCCCAAUGAGCCGUGUCUAUGCAGAAUACUGGGCCGGGACACUAGAGCUUCAUAGUCUUGAGGGCUAUGGAGUCGAUGCCUUCCUACAGAUUUCCAGACUAGGGAACCAGAACGAGCAAGUGUCCAAGAGAGCGGCCAUCGAUGCUGUAUAA